CGUCCAGCCAUAGAGAAGAUUCAGAGGGAUUGGUUGGGCGCCACGAGAGGAGGAAGGCAAAAGGCACAGAGAGGAUUGGAGGAGGUGAGAAGAAGAGAAGAAGAUACCCAGCAGCAAGUCAGGGUGGCCAGCAAGGAGGAACGUGAAGAACUGAGAAAGGCAGAGAAACUGUACUUGGAGAACUGGGAAGAGCUGGAGGGGAAAGAGGGCAGUAGACUGGCAAAAUGAGUGACCCAAACUAUGAGAAGAAGUCCAGCAACUGGCCUGACCCUCAGGCUCCACCACCCUUCUCUGAAAACCAGCCCUUUGAGUCAGAGGCUGAUCCGCUGGCACCUCCUGGUCAGCCUCCACCCGCCCCGGGCUAUGGGUCAGCUCCCUCUAUGCCACCUCUUUACCAAGCUUAUUAUGGCCCACCAGAUUCAGGAGGCUACCAAGGUUCAGAUCAAACCCCGCAGGCCAUCUUCAUUGUGCCUCCUCAGCCUACCAAUGAACCCGAUCACCUGUACUACUCUAUCUUCACCAUGCUGUGCUGCUGCCUACCUGUGGGCAUCGCUGCCUUGAUUUUCUCUAUAAAGGUGAGAAACAAGAGAGGGAAAGUGAGCGUGGGAGGGCAUUAUGCAGUGCUAGAAUACAAGGGGGCAGAGAUGGCAUGCCCCACUUAACUUUUACCUCUUGAGAACUGUGUUUUAGGAGACUUCAGGGCUGGCACUGGUUGGGCCAAAACUGGCAUUCUGGGUGGAAGAGUCUAAGCUUGUUUGUGGCUUUCACUAUGAGCCCUUUCCCCACAAUGUCAAGGACUGUUGUGAUGUGCUACAGGCUAGGGAGUCAAUGAAGGCGAAAGCACUAUGAGGCACAGAGUGGGUGGUGUUUGCAGACAAAGCAGGCUUGCGAAGGUGCAUGUUUACUCUUGCAGAGUAGCUUCCGGAGGGGCAGGAAAUCAGAAAGAGAGUCUCCUGGCAACUUAAAGAUGAACAGGUGGGUAUGGGUUGGUGGCAUCCAUUUUCGUGGACUAGACUGCAGUAGUCUUCAACCUUGGGUCCCCAGAUGUCGUUGGACUACAACUCCCAUCAACCGCAGCCAGCUUAGUCAAUGGUCAAGGAUGAUGGGAACUGUAAUCCACCAAUAUAUGGGCACCUAAGGUUGAAGAGCAAUGAACUUGAGCCUCCUUCCAAAUUUAGGCUGGGCCACCACUAAAUUCUAACAUCUAAGCGUUCUUUUGGGUGGUAGCUUUGCCUGAGUUUUGCCGAUAUGGAUGGAGUCGUUUACUGCAGCUGGGAAUCAGCUGGCCGAAUCAGAUGCCCAUUUCCCCAAGUGGUGGUGGAUUGCAGCUGCUGUGCAUUGCACAACCUGAAUAUCCUUUCAAAACAGUUACAAGAAUUGCACCCCUUCCUUCCAUCUUUGCAGCAGCGGCUGGUUGGUUCUCCACUUAGCAUCAUGUUAUAGAUGAUCCAUAAGACAUCUGAAAGAAGUCCUGUAUCAGCAGGUUUUUAAUGUUUGGCGUUUUUAUUAUGUUUUUAUAUGUGUUGGCUGGGGCAGUACAGCCAGAUGGGUGUGGUAUUAUUACUGCUACUGCUACUGCUGCUGCUGCUGCUGCUGCUGCUGCUGCUGCUGCUGCUGCCGCCACCAAAUAACCUAAUGCAGACUGUGGAACAUUAUCACUUAAUAUGUGGGUGUCUGUGUUGCCCUACUGGGGUUCAAAGGAAUAGCGGCUUGGUAUUGCAACUGAUGGGACGUGGGUGGCGCUUUGGGUAAAACCUCAGCGCCUAGGACUUGCCAAUCGUAUGGUUGGUGGUUCGAAUCCCCACAGCGGGGUGAGCUCCCGUCUUUCGGUCCCAGCUCCUGCCCACCUAGCAGUUUGAAAGCACCCCUAUGUGCAAGUAGAUAAAUAGGUACCGCUUUAUAGCGGGAAGGUAAACGGCGUUUCCGUGUGCUGCGCUGGUGCUGGUGCUGGCUCGCCAGAGCAGCUUUGUCACGCUGGCCACGUGACCCGGAAGUGUCUCCGGACAGCGCUGGCUCCCGGCCUCUUAAGUGAGAUGAGCGCACAACCCUAGAGUCGGACACGACUGGCCCGUACGGGCAGGGGUACCUGUACCUUUUUAUUGCAACUGAUAGGAAGAACAAAAUCUUAACCUAUGCUGCACUGCAGAGCAAAUAGAUCGACACAAUGGAAGGAACUUUUAAUCACAAGACCCUUACCUUGAUAGUCCUUGGAAACAGAUAGCAGAUGGCCUGUUUGAACUGGUAAAUCAAACACUGGUUAUAGAAGCAUAGCGCCUUGACUGAUAUUACUAGCAGUAGCAUUGUUGCACAACUGAUGGGUAUGUUUGAUCAUUGUGGCGAUCCAGAUAAGCUUGUGGCUGAUGGUGCAACCAAGUCUGUGGCAGCAUAAAUCUCAGCCGGUUCAAACUGAUGUGACUUGGGGGAGGGGGAGGAGUUGCCUCUUCAGAUUAUCCGACCAAGCAAAGUCAGGAGCUUUUUUCAUAUAACUGGCAAACCUCAGUAACCCCAUUUACAACUGGAAAAGUGGGUUGAUAUCAUACUUGGAGAAUAAAAGGCACAGCAGACUCGGGGGAGGAUUAAUUAAUUAGAUAAUCCAUACAUCAUGUAAUAAAAAAAAUUAAGGUCUUAUAUAUAUAAAAUAAAUGUUCAUAAAUGUACCAACCAAGCACGUACAUAGAUAUGUAGACCACAUGUCUGGAGCAGCACAGGAAGACCGACCAGAAACCAUUUUGACUCCCAAACUGACCAAAUGUUUUCUCUGCGAGGAGGGAGGGGGUGAGGGAGCCUCUCCAUUGUCUCAGGAAUUGGGUAAUCACCAUCUCAAAGGAAUGGGCAGACUACCAGGAAAGGCAAUCAGAUAAGGCAGACAGGAAAAACAACAACAUUCAAAUUUAUGCUGUAGACCGCCUUUUCUGUGAUGUAGGCAUGAAGUUUUGUGGGGGGUGGUCUUAGGUUACACCCCUUCUGUGAUGUAGGUAUGAUGUAUGGAGGGGUGGUCUUGAGCUCCAGGGCAGAGAACUUAAAAUAAGGGCAGGCACACCUUUGUUCUGGGUCCUCCUCCUUUCCUGCGGGUGAGGGGAGCACCCUGUUGCAACAGCUUUAAUAAAGAUCAGGCUUACUAGCUGCUUUGUUUCUCAAUAUUCUUUGGUUGGCCUCUGUUAUUUUCUCCUACCGAUAGGGAACUCACUUAAGGACUCUAUACAAGCUCUUGGAUACCCCAUAAGGAAAGAAGGGCAGAUUUUGUUUACAACACAUCGUUACUCUGAAUAAGUCAAUAAUGUCCAAAUUGCUGAUGAAUAGAUCUCAUGAGUGUGCAGACUGUGUUUGCAGAAACCCAAAGGAGUGUCCAGUUCUGAGACUCAGUCAGAGCCUACAGCCCAAGCUCUGAGUCUUGUUGUGCUCUGCUAGGUUCCAGUCUUAAACCAUCUGGUUAGGAACAUAGGAAACUGCCUUGUCCAAGUCAGACCAUUGAUUUAUCCAGCUCAGUAUUCCCAAUAGUGACUGCCAGAGGCUCUGUUUAGCUUAUACGUAAAUCCAGCACUGACUACAACUAUAAUUUAUUUUAUUAUGUGCUCUUCACCCUAAGGUCUUCGAAUGGGUUACAACAAUGAAACCACAAUGCUAAGAACAGUUUAAAACAUCUCCAACAUCUCUUGUUGGAGAUGUAGAUUAAAUGAAGGAGAUCACAUACAUAUCUUUUGGAAUUGCUCUCAGAUAGAAAUAUUCUGGAAAUCCAUGCAUGUCCAUAUCCAUCUCUGAUACAUUAGGAUAUCAUAUGCCCUUGGAACCUAAAACAUCCCCACUUGGUGAUCUAAAUGAUGCUAUUCUGGGAAACGAUCAAGAAAUAGUGUUCCACCUUAUAACUGCUGCUAAGAUUAUAACAGCUAAAAACUGUGAGGGAAGCAGAUCUGCUACUGCAAUCUGAAUGGAUCGAAAUAGUAACUAUGAUUAAGCUAACUAAUUCUAAAAGAAUACAUAUAAACCAGGGCUGCCAGUUGUUUUGACAUUACCAGGAUUUCAAAGGCAGAAUUGAUGUCCCGUGGCGUGGGGUGGGGAUUUCCGAAAUACAGAGCUUUGUCCUGGGAUCUUAGGUAAGUCAGUCACAUUUAUUUCCUUUAAAAGGCUCAACAGUUUGGGGGGGUAUCCUGGUUUUUACUUUUUGAAAUAUGGGAACCCGAUAAACCAGCCAACAGGUUUACGGAAACAUUACAAAAGAUAUGUUUUGGAACAGCAAGUUCAUAUAAUCACAAAGAUAAUUUGUUGGCUAUUGGUUAGUGCCUCACAGCCUGAGACAAAAGGAUUGUUUGCUAGCUACCAGCCAUGCCUGCAUUCCAGACAAGGUGUCUAGUUGCAUUUUUUUCAUGGAUUUUCUCUCUUCUUCCCCAGACUCGCGAUGCCAACCUUGCUGGAAACGGAACAGUCGCUCGGCAGCAUUCCCGGACAGCGCAGCUCUUGUCCCACCUGGCAGUCGGGGCGGGGCUCACAUUCAUAUGUCUGUAUAUCAUCUUAACUGUGAUUAUGUUUAAGGCAAGAAGUUAUGAGCUACAAAACCCUUGAAGAUGUGUGACACGGUGUGCAUAUCCUAAAAGAUCUCCCCUUCUCUCCAUCCUACCCUCACGCACAGAGAAAUUCUCCUCUGAUGUCAUGCCCUUUUGAAUCAGUCCCCCCCAAAAAGAAAAAAGAGAUGUGCUACAGGCUGGUUCACACACACACACACACACACACACACACACACACACCAUGAAAUGUCUAUGCACUUCACUCAAGGACCAACAGAAGAUGUGAACUGCAUAGGACUGCAUUUGAGGUGAUAUCAGGUGAUAUGAAUGUUCUUUCUGGUAGAUUUAGUGGGGGGGGGGGCUUUGCACAUCAAGAGAUGGGUACUGUGUGUGAUCCAGCUGCACAAUAACACAAAGAUCCCAAACCAAAAUAGGAAGAGGAAAACUGAUCAGCACUGAGGAUCAAAUGCACUGAAACAUCUGAUGGCUGGAGAUUGCCUAUAGUCAUCUUGAUUUGAUUUUAUAGUUGCAUGCCACUUUCCCAACAACAAUAGCUCACAACAAUAACAAAGAAUCAGUAAAGGGGAGCAGCAUUUCCUAGCACUAUCUAUCUAUCUAUCUAUCUAUCUAUCUAUCUAUCUAUCUAUCUAUCUCUAUCUAUCUACACAUACAUACAUACACACACACACACACACACAUAUACAGAGAGAGGGAGAACUUUUUUCUGGGGGUACGCAUACCCCUAAACAUGUUGUGAAUCUUUGUACUUUUGUCCAUUUACUGUGUUUAUUUCCCCCGAUUUGAACUAUAAAAUUGUGAUAUUCUUGAGUCAAAAUGAGAGUACCCCUAAACAUUUUUUUAGAAAAAAGCACUGUGUGUGUAUAUAUAUAUACACACAUACACACACACACACACAAAUAAAAAUAAUAAAGAUGAAUACCAGAAAUGAAUCAAUAUAAAAUGGCAAAACUUCAAAAUGAAUCAUAUUGGAUAUACAUUUACAAUAGUAAAUGAAUACAUAAACCAAUAAACCAAUGCUAACUAGACUUGGAAACGGGGGGAUCCUGCAAACCUACACACCUCCUGUAUCUCAGUGACAGUGCCACGAUCCACGACAGCAGACCCUCACUGUGGAGUGUGGAGCAACCUCCGCUCUUGCCCUGCUAAAGUCCUCACCAGCACAUUAUACACAUGCUGCAAAACCACUGCAUUGAUCUACCGUUGCCGGUGAUAACGCCAUGAAAUGGGUUCAGAUCUCCUCCUCUCCAGCCUACAUUCCCUCCCCCCCUCCUGCCCAAUUUCCUUCCCAUUUCAGAUUUCUUUCUUUGGACUACCAGUCUUCCUCGUCUUCUCCUGGGCUGUUCCCAGUCCUUCUGCCAAAGCUCCCCUUGAUCUCCAACCCAGGCUCUCCAGUAUUUCGCAGGCAAAACCUGGGACAUGCAGCUGCCCGUCACUUGAAAUCUCAUACCACAAAUUGAUGCUCUCUUGCCCCGCUACGCAGGACUUUGUUUCAGCGGCAGCUGCUCCAUUGGUGUGAGUGAAGCAGUGCCCCCCUAACCAUAGUCUGCCCUUGGCCAGUACCCACCUGCCUGCCUUGCUACUUACAUCCAGCCAAGGGGGUUGGGUUUAUUAUUGGCUCUCUCCCCUAUUAACCUCAGCAUUGCUCUUGUAUGGGGAGGAUGGAGCAGGCAAAACUAGAAUUAGUUGGCUCUGCCUCGCAUUAGCUGUGGCUCUGCCUGUCGUUGCCUCUGGUGCCCCCUGCUGUUGAACUCCCUGCCGCCCACCCUAUCAGCCCCAAUGGGCAGCAGCCCUUUGCUUUGUUUUGUCGGCCCCGGUGUUCAUUAAGGCUGCUGUAGCAUGUUUUCAAUGCAUAGAAGCUGGUUGUGCUUUUGGUGAAAAUAUAUACUAGAUGGACAAAUUUGCUUUAAAGAUUCAUGAUCAGCCUCGUCGCCAGCAUGUGACUUGGAAGGCCGUGCGCACUACAUAAUCAUAAUCAGGUGCCUUAUUGUCUGUACUUGUGAGCUCUGCUCAUCCUCCUCUCCUUGGAUGCAAUUGUCUUGUGAGAAUGUUUUGUAAGCUGCUUUGAGAGCCGCUGUGGGCAAUGUAAAUAAAUCUUGAAAGUGUGAGAGAUAAACCAUUGCCACUCUCCCAAGGUCACGUCUUCAGCUUUGUUCCUAAGGCUUUGUAAAAGUUAAAAAAUAAAAAUAAAAAAAGAACAGAA